GGGGUCCUAGACCGUGCGGUGUGACGUCACGGAGCAUGUGCAGAGAAGGUAACUCACUGCGCAGCUAGAGAGCUACUCGAGGCGCUCACAGACGUUUCUAUGGGAAAUGAGGGCUGCUAUAAAACCGAGCUGAGACUUGACUGCUCCAUGAGAAGGCGGCUUAGUGCUACAGUCCUACUACUACUCGCAACUACUCUCGCACUCGCAGACUCGCAAGUUACGACGGUUGACUCGCGAGGGAUCUGGUCGUUCAGCAGUACCGGUGUGAAGGAGGAGAGAGAGAUGAGUGGACCAGCGCGAGCGAUCGUCAAGAAGGUUCUCUCUGUUGAGCAGGCCGAGGGAGUCGGCGCGCGCGUCAGGAGAAGCGUAGGAAGACCUGAACUGAGGAACCUGGAUCCUUUUCUCAUGUUGGACGAGUUCAAAGUGACCAAACCGGCUGGAUUUCCAGACCACCCUCAUAGGGGCUUUGAAACGGUGACAUACAUGUUGAAGGGGUCGUUCAAACACGAGGAUUUCUGCGGACACAGGGGAACCAUAAACCCGGGGGACCUCCAGUGGAUGACUGCUGGGCGGGGGAUCGUCCACGCAGAGAUGCCAGCCAGCCAGGGGGAAAACAUCGGACUGCAACUGUGGAUCAACCUGAGCCAGAGAGACAAGAUGGUGGAGCCCCAGUACCAGGAGCUGUUGGAGAGUGAGAUCCCUCACGUCAGUGGAGAGGGGGUCCAUGUCGCUGUCAUCGCUGGAAACUCUUACGGAGCCAGCGUAAGUGGGGGCGGGGGCUUUAGCGUUCAUAGCUAUGCAGUAGCUUUAUUCUGCUCUUAACACUUUUUUCGUGAAUAAAUAAUAUGUGAAUUGCAUGUCCCUUUGAUCGCAAUUCUGGUGUUAAGAACAGGUUUGUUACUUGUUUUCUCUGCCGCAGUCUCCAGUCAGGACCCGUACACCCACCAUGUACCUUGAUUUCAAGCUGGACCCUGGAGCUCACAUGACCCAGCCUGUUACUGAAAGUUGGAAUGGGUUCAUCUAUGUCCUGAGAGGGACGGGGGAGUUUGGAGGAGAGACAGAGAGUGGGCCACACCACACUCUGGUUCUGGGGCCUGGCGACCACAUUGAGGCCAGGAACACACCGACCUGUCAGAUAUAUAGAUGAUAGGAUUCGUGGUGUGCUGGACUUCCAGUCAGGAGUUCGAUUCCUCCCCUCCCUCACGGCCUGUUUACUUUGCGACCAAUUCUUCAGUAACUGCAUUCUCUCUCUAUUCUCUAUGCAUAGGGGUCGGAGGAGCUCCACUUCGUACUGAUAGCUGGUCAGCCCCUCAAUGAGCCCAUCGUUCAACAUGGUCCGUUUGUGAUGAACACACAAGAGGAGAUUGGUCAGGCAAUGGCCGACUACAGUCUGAAGCAAAAUGGAUUUGAGAGGGCCCGUGGCUGGCAGUCCGAGAUCAGCAAAUAUCGCCGUUGAUUCAGACAUGCCCAGUUUUAACCCUUCUUGCUGCAGACAUUAUUUUUUCAAUAAGCAGAUAAUCAGUGUACAUAUGUUUUUAUCUUUACUGGAUUACGUAAUAUGACUUAAUCUCAGCA